UCAGUUCUUUCUCUGCUGUCUACUGACGACGUGAUGCUGAGCUCAUCUGUGCUCUCGCUGCUCUGGGUUCAGGCCUUUUUGUUUGUAGUUAAACCAGACGGUCUGUCUCAGAAAGUGAGCACACCACAGCAGUGUUAUCUCCCUCCUAUAGCAAAGGAUCAUGGGAGGGCCGGAGGAAAUGUGACACUUGGAGGCGUGAAAGAAGUGGAUCUAUUGCAGCUCUUGGACAUGCAGUCAGCCACUCACUACAAUGUCUCAACUACAGAAGAUGACCGAGGUUGUCCAGCAUAUCAGAUUGGACAAUAUGCCACCCUGUUCCUACCAACAGCUGCAGUAUUCGGCACUCUUUUUCCGGAUGAGCUGAGUGUGCUGAUGCGUCUGCGUCUGGGUCAGCGGUGGGCAGAUGAGACGACGCUAUUGGCUAUUUUAGGGCAAGAAGGGGAGGAGCUCUUUCAGCUGAAGGUGGGGCCAAGACUUUUCACUGUCGUCAGUGCCUGGGAACAACACUAUGAGUUUCCUGCUGCUCCUCUGUGGGAUGGAUCGUGGCACAGCCUCUUCCUGUCCGUCUCUCUGUCCAGACUGGAGUUGUAUCUGGACUGUUGUCUACAGGAGAGCACCCCCUGGCGCCGGGGCCUGGGACGGCAUAUCGACACUUUAGGCCUGACGCUGUUGGGAGGAGCUUCACGUCCUCACCACACACCCUUUACCGGCGCCAUCCAGCAGAUGAUCUUCGUCUUAGGAGAUCCUACAGCAGCAGAGCAGCACUGUCGGGAUCACAGCAGCACCUGCUCAGCUCUGACACACACACAGGCAGUUGGAGCUAUACACGAGGUGACCAUUCAGUCUGCGAUCAGAGUAUCAUCUGCACCAGGAAAUCCCCCCCAAGACUCAACUCUACAGGCAGGUCCCACUGAGCUGACACCAAGACUGGAUCCAGAGAGCAGUAUUUCCCCUCUGAAGUCAUAUCCUGAUCCAGAGGAUAUUAAAGGUGUAGUGACAACCCAGGCUGACACAGACACUCAGACUGUAGGCUCAACCCACAGAGAAAAGGAAAAACCAACAACUGUGAGUAAGGAAGUAAAUCAAAGUGGCGAUACUGCACCACAGCCUCUCUCUUUGACUGGAAAUGAGCAGCUUUCUAAUUUGCACCCUGACAUUUUAUGGACUCCUUCUGUCCACACACUUCAAACUGCAAAGAAUGGCUCCAGAACAAGUAACACAUCUGUCUUGGAAAGUGUUGAGACAGCCAUUUCAACCCCCAACAUUCAGCCUGAGAACCCCACAGCUCCAGGUGUCUCAUCAGGAGGGGCAGGGGGAGAUGCAGAAAAUACAAGUACACAGAGUUCUUUCUCUAAUGGACCACAGGACCAUGCUACUAGAGCUACUCUUAUCUCAGGCCCCAUAACAGAAUCAGGGUUUGUUGCUUCCAGCAUCUACCCUUUAUCUGACGGAGGAGUAAAGGAGGCGAGACAGGAGGCGAGACAGGAGGCAUCACCACUAGUCAUUAUACCUCCAGUUUCAGUAGACCCACCAGUUAAACUCUUAAGACAGAGAGAGGAAACUGUAUCACUCGACAGAGCAGUAACUGACUUUGCCGCACCUCAGACAGAUGCAGCAGCCCCAAACCUGACUGUUUUAACUCCCACACUACAAAGCGGUGAGGCACUAAGUACCAGGAACAUGGAGGCUGAGGUGAGUAAUGUUUCAGCAAGUGAGAUAAAAGAAAAUGAGGAAAUAGAAGACAGGUUGGAAACCGUUUCCCCCAAAACAGAAACACCACCACAACAACGAUUUCCUGGUGGAGAGCAGGGGAAUGGGACAGAGGCAGAUUUAGGGGUGGAUGAGGAAGUUCAAAGACAAGCAGAGAUGGAAAAAGAAACUUAUGAUAAUAACACUGACAUAUUUGGGGAUUCUAAUCAGUCGUCACCUGAUUGGACCUCCCAGUUCAGCACUGAAGACUCCUUUAUCCAAUCAGAGACUGAAUCCACACAGCAGACUGUUACAGCAGCCAAUGAGCCGCCUACAUACACGGUCACACGUCACAGGGCAGGAUUAAGACCUGGGAUCAGAAGUCAAAGUGGGUUGCAGGGUCCACCCGGGCUACCAGGACCACCAGGGCCUAAAGGAGACAAAGGCUAUCAAGGCGUUAUGGGCAGGACUGGGCGGACAGGAUAUAGAGGCCCCAUUGGUCCUCCUGGGAUGCCUGCCAUUGUUGUAUUUAAAACCUCUGAAGAAGAGUGGGAGGCUUUCAAGAAAGAGGACAUCUAUAAAAAGCUGAUUUCUUCCUGGCCGAAACUGAAGGGACCUCCGGGGCCUCCUGGACCUCCUGGAGAUGAUGGGCCAAUUGGGCCACCUGGAAUUACUGGGAAGCAAGGACAAAAAGGAGUUCAAGGGAAAAUCGGCAGUCCUGGACCACAGGGUUUGCCGGGUCCACAGGGCCGACCUGGAAGAGAAGGGACCCUAGGACAGCAUGCUAAUACAGGCCCUCCAGGCUUACCUGGAGAACAGGGUCCCAAAGGAUACAGAGGAGAGAAGGGCAACAAAGGGGAGCUGGGUGAGUGGGGUUAUCAAGGAGAGGUUGGACCACAGGGAAACAGAGGACAAAAAGGAGACAAGGGGAACAAAGGAGUGAGAGGUGUUGUUGGUGUCCCAGGCUACAUAGGACUUCCUGGACCCAGGGGUCCUUCUGGUUUUCCAGGACCAUCAGGACCCCCGGGAGAGAUUGGAGCUCUAGGCUUUAGUGGACCACCAGGCCCUCCUGGCAAAAUGGGUCCCAGAGGAAUAAAAGGUGUCUUAGGAGUUAAAGGACCUCCGGGUCAUCAAGGUGAAAUGGGUGCCAGAGGAGCAGCUGGACCACAGGCAGAGCCUGGUCCUGAUGGAGUGGUUGGGUUACCUGGUGUCCGUGGACCUCAGGGAAACCCAGGACCAGAUGGACCUCCUGGUCCUAAAGGGGACCCUGGUGAUCCAGGAGAUGAAGGGGAAAUAGGGGAACCUGGACCACCUGGACUCAAUGGAGCCAAUGGGAAUCCAGGCAAGCCUGGACCCUCAGGUGAUCCCGGGGCUAAAGCCAAAAGGGGUGAUAGGGGUGAUCCAGGAUUUAAGGGAGACCUUGGACCUCCAGGGCCUCCAGGUAAACAAGGAUUGAAGGGGCGUCGAGGCCCUUCAGGAUUUGAGGGACUUGGAGGGCCAACAGGGCCACCAGGACCUCCUGGAUCCAGUGGAUUUGAUGGCAUCCUGGGGGAGCAAGGGAAGCAGGGAAAAGAUGGACUGAAGGGAGAUCGAGGGCCAAAUGGUAUUCACGGAGUUCCUGGGCCUCGGGGAGACAAGGGUCGAGAAGGUCGAGCAGGAUUUUCUGGACUGCCAGGUCCAAUUGGAGAGACGGGAAAAUCUGGAGAGAAAGGACAUGAAGGAGAACCUGGUAUUAAGGGGAGGCCUGGAGUCCAAGGAGUGACAGGACCUAAAGGCCUGAAGGGGUUUCAAGGUCAUUCAGGUAACAGGGGACUGGAUGGACCUCGUGGAGCCCUGGGACAUAUUGGUACAAAUGGAAUUCCUGGAGACACUGGACCUCCAGGACCAAAAGGAUUGCCUGGGAAGACAGGAGCUUCUGGCCUCCAGGGACCCGUAGGGAAGAGUGGAGAAGCUGGCAGCAGAGGAAUGAAAGGGACACCAGGAAAACCAGGAGUGUUGGGGGUUAAAGGUAAAAAAGGCCCAGGAGGGCUUCCAGGAAGCGAAGGCCUAAAGGGUAAGAGAGGUGAGGAGGGAUCAAGGGGGAAACAAGGCCGCCCGGGUGAGAUGGGCAUGGCUGGACCACAGGGAUACAGAGGAUCUCCUGGUAUCCAGGGUAACAUUGGACCAUGGGGUGAGAUUGGGCCACGUGGCCCUCCAGGUGAUCAGGGGCCAAAAGGUCCAGUUGGCCCCCUUGGAGUUACAGGUUACCCAGGUAAAGAUGGACCUCAAGGACCAACUGGAUCAGCUGGUGUCAAAGGAAAUAAGGGAUCCAAAGGAGCUUUGGGGCAGGAGGGAGUCGCUGGUCUCGAUGGUGAGGAGGGUCUAGUUGGACUAAGGGGAUCUGAGGGGCCAGCUGGACAAAAAGGCAAAUCUGGUGACAAGGGGAACACUGGGCCUCCUGGAAAUAAAGGGUCAAAGGGAGCUGAGGGCAGCAGAGGCAACCAAGGGCCACAGGGAUCAAAGGGCCCUCCAGGGAAACAGGGAUACAGGGGUGCACCAGGGGACAGAGGGAAAGUAGGAGUUCUAGGCCUCAAGGGUGAGCCAGGUACCAAAGGUUCAUCAGGCAGGCCUGGACAGUUCGGACAAGGGGGCAACACUGGGGCAGUAGGGGACAAAGGCCAAAAGGGGCUCCGGGGACACACUGGCCCUCCUGGCAGUAUAGGUCCCCCUGGACAAAUUGGACCAUCAACGCCAGGUUUGCCAGGCAAGAAGGGUGUUGAGGGGAAAACUGGAAUCCCUGGACCAAAGGGCAGUCACGGUGAGGAGGGAAAGUUUGGUCUUCGCGGAAUAAAAGGAGACAUGGGCAUGAGAGGUCAAAAGGGUGCAAAAGGAGAGCCUGGGACAAGAGGCACAAUGGGGACAGUGGGGAAGGUGGGCUUCAUUGGCACUCCAGGGUCUAAAGGUCGACCUGGACCUGCUGGUCAACCCGGUCUUCCAGGAACUAAAGGAAUUCAGGGGUCAAAGGGAAAAGGAGCCCAGCCUGGAAGGAAAGGAAACAAAGGAGCUCUCGGAAAACCUGGAGAUGAAGGACCACUGGGUCGACCAGGACCUCCUGGACGGCCUGGAAAAUCUGGUCUAAGUGGUUUGGAUGGGUUGCUAGGGGUAGAGGGAAACGAAGGAGAUCCGGGUGAUAUUGGUUUCAUAGGUGCCCCUGGAGCACCUGGGAGGCCUGGUCAAGUGGGAAAACCUGGACCCCCUGGAAUCAGAGGAAACACUGGAGCACCAGGCUUCAAGGGUAAAGCUGGACCAGAAGGAAAACAAGAGCCCCCUGGACCUUUGGGUCCCAAGGGUAUUCCUGGACUGAGAGGAGAGAAAGGCGAGUCUGGAAUUACUGGUCCAAAGGGUCUCCCAGGUGUCACAGGAAUAUUGGGACCAAUCGGGCUACCUGGGUUGAAGGGGAAUCCUGGUUUGCAGGGGCUGAAAGGUUAUAGAGGUCAUAAAGGAAAGCAGGGGGUUUCUGGUCCUCGUGGUCCACAUGGGCGAAAAGGCUUCCUUGGACUCCCUGGCCAGCUUGGAAAGAAGGGAAUGAAAGGUUACCAAGGCAGGAAAGGACCGAAGGGGGUGAAGGGCAAGCGUGGACCUCCAGGAAAACCGGGUGCUCCAGGCAACCGCAGCAAACCAGGUCAAAGAAAUAUUCUAAGGCCCAAAACAAGACCCAGUGCUAUAUCUAAACUGAAAAAUGUGCCAAGACCCGGACAAAAACUCAGCCUCCUGAAGCGAAGGAAAGGACAACAAAAACGGCCCAGGCAAGUGUCCAGGAGAUGGUCUCAAGAAGAUGAAGCUGAGGAAUCCUUCAGCUGGCCUCAGGGAACCAAAGAUGACCCGGCCACCACCUGCUACGAGCUGGGACUCAUACACCCUCAUCUGAAUGAUGGUUACUUUUACAUGGACCCCAACCAGGGCUGUCCCUAUGAUGCUGUGAAGGUAUUCUGUAACUUCACAGCAGGAGGAACAACUUGCAUCAACCCUUUACAGUCGCAGAUUAAGUUAAGUUGGGAACCAGAAAAGAAGAAAUUGAAAAAGUCUGUCCAGUGGUUUAGUCAGCAACAUGGUGGAAAGAAGUUUGAGUACACUGGUGCAGAUGUUGUCCAGCUGAGGUUUCUGCGGUUACACAGCCACAGAUCUUUCCAGCACAUGACUGUCAGCUGUACAGCAAACCACUCCAGUACUGCUGGCACAACUAAUUCAGCCAAUAGGAUUAUUCACUUCCUGGGAGACUCUGGCAAAGAAAUUAUUUCACACCUUACAACAGUGCCCAAGAGAGGCUGUGAGGUGGAGGUGGUUGUGAUGGUUCAGGGCAGCACGGAGCUACAUCGAGGUGAUAUGGAGUUACUUCCUGUCAGAGAUCUGGGUAUAGAAAUGACGUCACUAUAUCCCCUUGUCCCUGAGAUCACUGUUGCUUUGGGACCCCUCUGCUUCUUGUGACCUCUGAAGAGUGUGUGUGUGUGUGUGUGUGUGUGUGUGUGUGUGAGUGUGUGUGUGUGCCUGUGCAUGAUGAAAUUCUGUAAAUAUCUCUUUUAUAUACAAAGCAGGGAUAGGUGGUGUCUAGACGUUUUACAUGAAAUAUUAUGUUAGAAUUAAUUUGCUCAGUACUAUAUGUUGUGUGUAUUUAUUGAAUUGUCACAAGCUGAAUGAAUUGUUAGAUUUUAUCAUAUGAAGCAUUUUAUGAAAUUAAACUGUUUAUAUUACAUCUCAGUGUAUUCAGUGUCCCGUCAUCCUCACAGAGGAAUAAUGUGCAGCACUAUCAAAAUAAAAUGAUGACUUUGAACGUGUGGAUUAAAACUGAGACAUCUGUUAUGUUUUCACUGCCUGUACUGUACAGUUGAUGCCAACCUUUAAAUAUUUUAUAAUGUAGGUUAUAAUGUAGAUUUUCUUUUUCCAUAAACAAGAUUUUUAAUGUAACUACAGAAUGUGUAGGUUGAGACUUUACACCAAUCAAAUAAAAGUUUACCACUGAUGACACAGGACCUCCUAAUAAGCCAAUGUCAGGUUAGAAAACUCACAGGAUUUAUAGUGAUAGUUGAAUGUUUUUAUGUUUCCUUCAUCUGUUGAGUUUUGUUACACAGUAGGAAAUUAAAAGCAUAUGUUCAUGUAAAACA